ACGUUCACGAACCUUGUUGUACGUGGUUUCGUGGGAAAAAAAAAACUUUCUACCGAAGAAUGGCAACCUUGUAUAUCCACGCAGUGAAGCGCGCCAGUAUGUUUUAAAACAAACGAUGACACUGUGCCCCGGAAUGCCGGUCCCGAUGAAAGUCCCGUUGUAUCGGGCUGAGCUGCGGUGGAUAUCUAGAAAACUCGUCAAAUCUCAUCUCAGGGAAACUGUCUGGAUGGAUAGAUAGCACUCCAGAUAUUUUUGAAACCAGUUUCUAAAAAAGAAAUAAAAGAAACUGCGAGACCAUGAGCUCUUACACUCCGGCGGACUUUGACUUCACUUUCCUGGAGGAGGGGUUUUGUGCCCGUGACUGCCUUGAGCAGAGGAUCAAUGAGCUGUCCAUGUCGGACGACAAAGAUGCCUUCUACGUGGCGGACUUGGGGGAGGUCCUGAAGAAGCACCUGAGGUGGGUGCGUGCCCUGCCCCGCGUCACGCCCUUCUACGCCGUCAAGUGCAACGACAGCCGCACCGUUGUCAUGACGCUUGCCACUCUGGGGACGGGGUUCGACUGCGCCAGCAAGAAUGAGAUCCAGCAGGUGCAGUCUCUCGGGGUGGACCCCAGCAGGAUCAUCUAUGCCAACCCCUGCAAGCAGGUGUCCCACAUUAAGUACGCCUCUGCCCACGGGGUCCAGAUGAUGACCUUCGACAGCGAGGUGGAGCUCACGAAGGUCGCCCGUUACCAUGAAAACGCCAAGCUGGUGCUGCGCAUCGCCACGGACGACUCAAUGGCAGUCUUCCAGAUGAGCAAUAAGUUUGGGGCGACGCUGGAGAGCAGCCGACUGCUCCUGGAGCGCGCGCGGGAGCUGGGCCUCGACAUCAUCGGGGUCAGCUUCCACGUGGGCAGCGGCUGCACCGACCCCGAGACCUACAGCCAGGCCAUCUCAGACGCCCGCUGCGUCUUCGACAUGGGGGUGGAGCUGGGCUACAAUAUGACCCUUCUGGACAUUGGCGGGGGAUUCCCUGGGUCCGACGACUCCGAUCAGAAGUUUGAGGAGUUCACAGCUGUUAUAAACCCAGCGCUGGACAAGUACUUUCCAGCCAACUCUGAAGUCCAAGUAAUCGCUGAGCCAGGCCGCUACUAUGUGACUUCAGCCUACACGCUGGCGGUUAACAUCAUCGCCAAGAAGGUGGUGAUGAAGGAGCAGUUAGCCUGUGAUUAUGAAAAUGAUGGGGCCAACAACAGGACCCUGAUGUACUACGUGAACGAGGGGGUCUAUGGUUCGUUCUUCGAUGUCCUUUUUCAGCAUGUCCUGGCAAGUCCGCAUAAGAAACUCAAGCCGGGUGAGCGCACCUACCCCUGCAGCAUCUGGGGCCAGACCUGCGACGGGCUGGACCGCAUUGUGGAGCAGUGCAUCCUGCCUGACCUGCAGGUGGGCGAAUGGCUGCUGUUCCACAACAUGGGGGCCUACACCAUCACCAUGUCCUCCAACUUCAACGGCUUCCAGAAGCCCGACAUCCACUAUGUGAUGUCCCGAAGUGUGUGGCAACGCAUUCAGCAGAUCUCCACUCAGGGGCUGCAUGGCCCUGUUGAAGAGGCCUGUCCCAGCGACCUGCCGUCCUGCUGCAGGAGGGAGAGCAGCCUGGAGCUGCCGGCCAAGCCCUGCCCCACCCGUGUGCAUUCAGUCCCAUAA